AUGUUCAUUAGCCCAUCCGUUCGCCGCGUUUAUCUUGAACCCUCAGAGACCGAAGACCUUCAAAACCAGGUGGCGCAGCUCGAAGCACGCAUAGAGUCUCUGAGACGGGACAAGAACAUGUUGAUCGAUAAGUGCGAGUCAACUAUAGCAAAGGCAGCCAAACAUGCGGAGGGUGAAAAGGCCGCGCGGCUCGAGGCGCAGACUGCGCAGAAGGAAGCUCAUGACAUGCGUAAAAAGUACGAGGUUAUCAAGGCGAAGUACCAGGAUAUCAAGAACCAGUCUGUCUUUUAUCCCCAUGUUCUUUCGCCCCUGUAUUGCUGA